AUGGACGCCAGGGUUAUCUUCUACCUCGCGGCUUUCAACGCCGUUGCGCCUGGCGCCAACGCAGCCCCAGCCCCGCAAGGAGCUCUCCAGCUCAAUCAACCAGAGCGCCGUGAGCCCCAGAAUCUCGGUCCGCCGGCGCCCAUUAUACCUGGGCUGGGGCCCCUGCUCCAGUCCCCGAGUGUCGCGGUUCCUGCCCUCACCCCCACGCAGGUCAACGUCAAUAACCCACUUGGAGCUCUCGCUAGCAAGGACAACGGUCCGGCCGCUACCGCCGUGACGCUGCCCAAGGAGCUCGUUCAGCCUGUUACCAACUCGCUCAUGCAGAACCCUGUCCAGGCGCUGCAGCUGGCGUACACGGCCCUCCUGAACGCUCUACUCGGUGGCCGUACGUCCUUCCUCCCGGGAAGCCAGGUCACCCCGCUAAGCGGCGUCUCGAAUUCGUUGACGACUUCUCUGUCGAACAUUAUGGGGCCGAUUCUCACCGGGACCUUGGGGAAGAUGAAGAAGAGACAGGAGGCGCCGUUGAGCGACUUCUUCCAGAUGCCCGAACAGGUGCAGCCGGUCGAUCAACCGGUGGAUCUGUUCGCCGACCAGCCGGUGACUCAACAGGUGGAUCAGCCGGCUGUCCAGCCUGUUGACCAGCCCGUCAGCGUGCCUACGGAUCAAUCUUUCGCCGUGCCUUCGGAUCAGCCUGUCGAUCAACCCAUUACCGUACCUUCGGACCAACCUGUCGAUCAGCCUAUUACCGUACCUUCGGAGCAGCCUGUGGACCAGAACGUUGACCAGCCUAUCACCGUUCCUGCGGAUCAGCCUGUUGAUCUGACCGUUAGCCAGCCCGGUGACGUGCCCGUGGAUCAGUCCAUUCAGCCCAUCAAUAUUCCUCAGGACCAGCCCGUCGAUAUUCCUCAGGAUCAGCCCGUCAACGUGCCUACAGACCAGCCCAUUGAUCUGACUUCAGUCCAGCCCGUCGAUCAACCUGCAGUUCAGCCUAUAGACCAGCCCGCCAUUCAACCCGUUGACCAGCCUGUGGAUCAGCCUUCCGACCAGGUUGCAGCUCCGUCUUUUGAUUGGUCUGCAGUUCAGCCCGUUCAGUCUGACGAGCCGGCAGCUCAGUCCUUCGAUUGGUCUGCAGUUCAACCGGUUCAGUCUGAGGAGCCGGCAGUUCCGUCUGUCGAUUGGUCUGCAAUUCAACCACCUCAGUCUGUCGAUGAGUCUGCGACCCCGUCUUUUGAUUGGGUAGCGGUUCAACCUACAGAACAGUCCGUGGAGCAGCCGUCAAUUCAGCCCAUUGACCAGCCUGAGAUCCAACCUGUCGACCAGCCUGCGAUCCAACCCUUUGAUCAGACUACCGACCUACCUAUUGACCAGUCUGUGCCUGAACCGACGGAUGCAUGGGUCAUACCUUCGGAUUUUCCACUGUUUACGGAUUCCUUGGGUCAACCUGACCAGCAGCCGACGGAUGCAUUCGUUCAGCCCACAAGCACAGAUUUGUUCGGCUUCCCUGCUGCUGCUCGCGCUGGCCGUAGACACAGGAAACGCCAGGUUGUCCCGACUACCCUGAUCACCGUCCCUACUCCGGCCCUUGUUCCUUCUGGUGUUACUGACGAAGUUGCUGCUAUCGGAUCAUUUGCACCCUUGGCUGAUGCUACCCCACUUGCGGCUGUUCCGUCUUCUCUGGCCGCGUUGGCUCCUAAUGGCGGACCUGCAUCUGCCUAUGUACCACCGGUUCUCGCUAGCGCUCUUGCGGACCCGGACCUUAACAGUCUUGCGGCUGUCAGCUCGAUCGACCCUCUUGCGCCCCUACCAAGCGACUUGGUCCCACCGAGUGCUGCUGCUGCCGCUUCCACGCUCCCAGAACCCGCUAAUGUGCAGAAACGGACUGUUGCUGAAAUCGCCAAGUCUAACGGUCUCAAGGUCCGGCAAGUCGAGGAGCUCAAGGCCGGUCUUGACGACGCAGUUGAUCCGGCCGCUUUUGUCGCCCAAUGGAUCGCUGCUCAGGCCAAACCUAUUCUGAAUGAGAUAGGCAACCAGAUGCAGGCGGCCCCCUCCAUUCUAGCUAACAUCGCCGAGGCUCAAGUAUCAAUGGCCGCCGCGCCUGGACAGAUUGUUGCUGCCCAGGUUUCUGCAGCACAACCUAUUAUCGACGCCAUCCCGUCUAUUGUUGAGUCUCAGCUUGCCGCUGUUCCCACUGCCGCUCUUCCAAUCUUCUCGGCAGCUUCGAGUCUCCUUGACGAAAUGGGAAAUGCGACCGCCGCCACUGGCAACCCUCUUGCAGCCUUGAUCCCUAACCCAACUGCAAUUGCCAGCAUCAUUGCUGAGGCCCUCCCUGAGGUCACAGCAACAUUUGACGCUUCGUACUAUCAGGUCUCGUCCACCGAAAGCGAUGUUAUUGCAGCAGAAACUGCUGGUGCACUCGUUACCGGUGCUUUGACUGUUGGUCAAGAAACAAUCACAGCUGCCGCCGUGCAGCCUGUGGUGGCCUCAGUCACGCCCCUUCCAACCGUCUACCCUACUGUAGGUUCAUCCAUUAACCUGCAGUCGUCUGUUCUUCAACUGCCUUCGCCCCUCUUUCAGCUGCCUUCAACUUUGAUUCCACAGCUUUCAUCUCUUGUUCCGCCAGUCCAGCAGAAUACGCCUUCCAUUCAGCAGUAUCCUUCUGUAUCAAGCCAGGAUACUAACAGCGCGAUAGGUCUGGUAAACGUGGAGAAGGUAGCAAUGGCUAUGGCAGUCCCAACGUCCUCAACGCUGCCUGAGGUUCCAGAGAUCCUCGCGCGUGAGGAUGAACCGGCCGACUCCGGCGCGUCCAACAACAACAUUUUGGAUCUCCUAACUCAGCGUCUUUCUUCCGAUGGAUUCAUCCGGUUGCUCGAGAAUCAAAUCUAUCUUCAGCUCGCCCCCUUGUUCUUGAUGCUACAGUCGCUUGCCGCGAUAUCCAACCCAACGUUCACGCUUUCGUCCCUUAUGCAAGACCUUCUCGGAUCUUCGUUGUCGUCGUCGUCGUCAUCGAGCCAUAGCAAUCGUAUUCUGGAUCUUCUCUUCCCGAGCUCUUUCCCUGCCCCCUCAUCACCAACGGCAACACCAAGUACGGCCCCUUCUCCUGCAAAUGUCGUCGACGACCCCAUUGCGAGCGCCUGGCUCGCUGGCGCGAAACUGCUGCAAUCGAACUCGCUCGUCAAUACUCGACUACUGUCUCCUAACGCUGACGGUAACAAUAAUCAGCUGGCAGGUGGUACUGGUGGCGCUGCCGCCAUCAUCUCCAAUCUGCUCAACGGCAUGCUUUCCUCGUCCGCGUCCGCGUCCUCGGAGCUGACCCGGACCAUGGUGCAGAAGUCGUCGGCGCUGGCGAAAUGGUCUGUAGACACGCAAAUGGCGGCAACACGAGUGGGCAUGGACGCGUGGGAGGAGUUGGUCAAGGUGCUGGUUUCGUGA